AUUGUCUUAUCUCUCGAACUACCUCAAUGUCUACCGAAAUCUCGUUCCUCAGUAACGCACGUUACGGGAAAGAUAAAGUUAGGGUCUUGCGAGUCGUUAGGCAAGGAAGUCUGCAUCUUAUCGUCGAGUACAACGUCACGGUACUGGUGGAAGGGGAUAUCGAUGUUAGCUACACAAAAGCAGAUAAUUCUGUUGUGGUCGCCACCGAUUCAUUGAAGAACAUCACCUAUUAUUUGGCGAAGGUUUCACCACAUGUCCUGAUUCCUGAACGAUUUGCACUUCAUCUCGGCGUCCAUCUCGUGUCUAAGUACUCCCACUUGCACAAGGCAUUCAUCACGGUCGAACAACUCAGGUGGUCGAGGAUCUCGGUACAUAAUGGAAGCGAAUCGAAAGAACACCCGUACUCGUUCCUACGAGAUGGGGAUGAGAAGCGGUUCGUCAAGGUGGAGGUAGACGCAUCCGCAGGCAAAAACCACCUCGUUGGACGAGUCAGUGCCGGUAUCACCGACUUACUCGUACUCAAGUCAACCGGCUCAUCCUUUUCCAACUUCGUCAGAGACGAAUACACUACACUCGUCGAGGUGGAUGAUCGCAUCUUCUCCACUUCGGUCGAUUUGAAUUAUACAUUCGCUCCUAUUGAACUUCCAUGUCCAAAGAGGGACGACAAGCUAGAUUUUAACAUUCCUGUCGCAGAUGGUCAAGGAGUGGGGACUGUGUGGGAUACCAGUGUUCCUGAUAAAGCCAGAAAAGUCACGUUGGAAGUAUUUGCUCAGGACGACAGCGCUAGCGUUCAGGCAACUCUCUACAAGAUGGCUACCCAAAUAGUUCAAGAUCAUCCAGGAGUAGCGAGCGUUUCGUAUGCUUUACCUAACAAGCAUUUCAUUCCGGUGGACAUGAAAUAUAUUCAAGUGGACAAUUUGACCCCUUCAAACGCCGAAGUCUUUAUGCCAGUAUCCGCACCGAGUGGUUUAAUUUCCGCGACCAUUUCACGCAAAUGAUUUUCACAUCCGGAGGAAGGUUGGCGAAGAGGAAGAGGAAGCAAAUCGAAGUCGUAAAGUAUUUGUGUGCUUUCCUCGUGAAUGAAUAUUUAUCCUUACCAGUUGAUGCCCCG